UGUUGCGGAUAUUUCCAACUGAUGCGACAAAAAGCUACUCCUCAGCAAUCACAUCUUUUUGUUUUCAUUGUGAUCCAUUUCGAUCAUAUUCUCCACUUACUCUUUAUAUAAACUCUACUCCAUCCAUUCACGAAAACAGCUUGAGGUGAGAAGCCAUGUUUCGCUUCUUGGGGCAGAGGCCUAGUUCCCUAUCCGAUGCAAUCUCCAUCGUCGAGCUUAAUGUUCACAUGGACUGCGAUGGGUGCCAGAAGAGAAUACGAAAGGCGAUCGCGAAACUAGAUGGUGUUGCUACCGUGGACAUCGACAUGGAUAAGCAAAAGGUGACGGUCACAGGUUACGUCGAUCAACGCGAGGUCCUAAAGGCGGUGAGACGCACCGGGAGGAAAGCAGAGUUCUGGCCAUGCCCUUAUGACGCAGAAUACUACCCAUUUGCACUGCAAUAUCUAGAGGACUCGACGUACUCGUCGACACACAACUAUUACCAGCACGGCUAUAAUAACAUGGUACAUGGAUAUUUCCCCGAUCCGGCGUACACCAUGAUAGUCGAUGAUCAAACCGCUGCGCUAUUUAACGACGAGAACGUUCAUUCGUGUAUGAUCAUGUAAUUAAAAGUUGAGCGGAUUGUGACUUGAAAUAAAAGGAUUCACAAUAUAUAAGGUUUAUGACAAAUAGUUCCGAAGAACAUUGAGGUAUGAGAAUGUCUAGAGCUGCAGAGCUAUAAGAAUCAUUAAGUUAAUAUGAAAUCUUAUAUAAUUUGAUGA